CGUCAUAUUGUCGCGCCCAGUGGCACCCUAUGUAGCCUCUCGACGGCUGGCCCUUCUCUAUCAGACAGAGCAUAGACGACGAUAUUUUGAUUUCUUUUGCAACCAUGAGCAGUGAAAAGUACCCAGUGUCUUCAAUUGAGGACGACUUCAACUAUGGCACAAACGUCGCCACUGCUAGUGUCCAAAUACGCAUGGACUUCCUGCGGAAGGUGUACACCCUGCUGAGUUUGCAGAUUAUUCUGACAACAGCCACAUCUGCCCUUUUUAUGUUCUCUCAGACCAUCAAAGACUUUGUCCAUGACAGCCCUGCUGUGGUUUUGGGUUCAGCUUUGGGCUCCCUGGUUCUACUCCUGGCCUUGGCUGUGUAUAGGCACCAGCAUCCAGUCAACCUCUACCUGCUGCUUCUAUUUACUUUACUGGAGGCAAUCUCUGUGGCCACAGCUCUGACUUUCUACGAAUACUCCACCGUGCUCCAAGCCUUGUUCCUGACCUGCGCUGUGUUUGCUGGACUGACAGCCUACACCUUCCAGUCCAAGAGAGACUUCACCAAACUGGGAGCAGUUCUUUUCUCCUGCUUGUGGAUCCUCUUAAUUGCAAGCGUCAUGAGGGUCUUCUUCAAUAGCGACAGCACAGAGCUGCUGUUCGCCGGCACCGGGGCGCUAGUCUUUUGUGGCUUCAUCAUCUAUGACACCCACCUGCUAAUGAAACAGCUGUCACCCGAGGAACACAUCUUGGCGUCCAUCAACCUCUACCUAGACAUCGUCAAUCUCUUCCUUCACAUUUUGCGUAUCCUCGACUCGAUGAAGAAGCACUGAAAAGAGGCUGCUCUGCUUCCCAAAAUCAAUCAUUCCAUCACUAAUCUAAUUCAUCGUCUCUGUGUGAGUGGUACCGACUCGAAUCAAGUCUUUGGUAAGCAGUCCAUAUCUGAGCUUUAAUUUAUUUCAUAUCGAGGUCAAUUAUGACUCAAUUAGUCUUAAUGCAACAUACAUCAUUCGUUCUCUCACAAAAGUUAAGUUUCUCCUUAUGUAUCGUCUUACUAAUUGAAAUGGUUAAAAAAAAAAAUCCUGUAUUACAUUAUAAUUUAUGGGAUGCCACUACAUGUUUGUUAUGCAGUCUUGUAUGAAGCCAUUGUGAACUAAAAGUCAUUUAGCCUGUGAACCCGGAAAUUCUACCAGUGUAAAAACCCAUAUAGACAUGGAUAAACGCCGCUUCGAGCGGGUUUGUCCACUGCUGGAUACAUCAACGUCGCCACCAUAUUGGAUGGGUAAAGGCCUCGCUGUAAUUGAAUAUAAGUGCCUUACUUUCAUAAGGCACAUUUCUACAAAUAAAGUUUAAUUUAAUUCCUUUAAGUUAGGCACCCAAAACAAAUAACUCUUUCUCGAGUAUAUUAGUGCAUGUGACUGUAUAAAAUGUAUACAUUUAUUUGUAAAAAAAAAAAAAAAAGCUGGUUUAUGAAAGUAAGUACAUUGAAUUGUAUUCAUUCACUGCACAGUCUUGACCCAUCCAACAUGGCGGUGACGUUGACGUCCGGCUCAGCGCUCAAUGUGGCGUCUCUAUCUGUCGACAGUGACUUCAGUUCGCAACAAAAGCACGCCACUAAAAUAACACGGUUGCAAGGGCCGCGUGGUAGUAGUUUUAUUUUGCAAAAUCAUUGUUUUUGAUGAUUAUUGAAUGCUUAAAAAUAUUUGAAGAUUUGUACAUAUUGUUUUGGUGUCGAUCGGAGUAGUGUUAAAAGUAUAAAUGAGGCUAUGUGCAAUGCAUUUUAACACAAGAUGGAAGUUUCCUUUGAAAUGUUGUGCAGAAACGUGACGCUCAUACAUCACAUAACAGCAGCAAUCUUAAUUUUUCACAGCAUAUCGUUGCAAUUUCGAGACACGAUGCAAAUAUGCUGCAGUGACGUGGCGGCUUCCAUUAACCCCAAGGGUUGCUGUGAUGAUGUCAUCCCUAUGUUGCUCGGGGCCACUAGGGGGCGUAGUUUCACUACAUAUGGAGAUGUGAUGUGAGGUUAAGUUUCUGUUUGUGACAGUUUUACUUUCUAGUGAGCGAGUAUUGCUUCUCAGUACAUAAACACAAUAUGUGAAACGUGCAGGUUCACCAUCUGCCUAUUUAUUCUUAAUUAAGUAGUACUUGAUUUUACUGGAAAUUCUUGUUUGUGCAUGUUGUUAUUGUAAUUAAAUAUCUGAAGUGA